CGACGUCUGUACCCUUCUAGGCCACCUUGUUAUCAACUUGGUGCGCCCUUUGUUCCUUACUGGGGAUGUAGCUCUUCGCGGACCACGCGAAGACGCCCGAGAAAGGUGGCCCUUGUUCGACCUUGACGACGGGAUCUAGGUAUAUCACCAGUCCGCGCUUUCAUGGCUACUCUACUCCCUUGUUCGCUGAUUCUUGGUGUACGCCCGGUGCGUUUCCGACUUGAAGUUCGCGAUCCAUCCUUUUCUCUCGGUGUUCUUAUACGGACGAGAUAGCAUGUCUUGGCCGUCGAAUCCCCUCUAUCCGCAGUUUAUGAUGUGGCCACAGCCACCUGUCCUCCCGCGCGAGAUGUCAGCGUCGGAGCCGCCGCCCCUCAAGCGCGGUAGUCAUCUCGUCGAUCUACCGCCUCUCACCCCCGGCCUCGCCAAUCGUGACUCGGGACUCGCAGAAUUGGGGGUCGCCAUGCAGCAAGUCAACCUACUCGGCGAGGUUGCAUCUACCCAGCCAUCCCCGAAGACGUCCGCGGAACCGGACACGUCGUCGAUCAAUCGUCUUCCCUUUGAGCUGCUCUCCGAUAUAUUCAUCCUCUCGUUACCCCCUGUCGAUCGUUCCUGGAUGUUUGGGGAAACCAUCGAUGCGCAUGAAGGCGGUUACCGUGACCCAGAUAUUCCUUGCCAUCUCCGCGCACCCGUGGUCCUUACCGCUGUCUGUACACGUUGGCAGGCCAUCGCCACUGGUACACCCCAUCUCUGGACUAGGAUCCUCGUCGACGAUCUCUGUGCGCCACGGCAGCUGCACUGGACCGUCCUUCAUCUCAGAUACUCUGGCUAUCUUCCUCUCGUUCUUCAUAUACACACCAAAUUCGAAGAUCCACCGUCAGCGCGUGUGGCGCUGCUACAAGCCCUCAUACCUCACGCGCAACGGUGGCGCGACCUCGUUCUCUUCGCAAACGGUCUCAGCCUCAAUGAUAUGCGCUUCCUAUGCGCCGCCCGUGCGCAAUCGCUAGCGUCGGCCAAGAUCCACAACGCGAGUAUAGAUGUUCAUGAACACUUCUGGGCGUGGGCCAUGUCUCUCCCAUCCCUGCGGCGCGCUACACUCGGUCUUGGGCAUAACAUAACUGCUCUGAUGAACCAAGCACCGGGGUUCUGGCAGGAGUUGCGCGACUUGAGCCUCAUGAAUGGUUCGUGUCAGACACCUAAGGUGCUCCAGCUGCUGCGCACUUGCCCGCGCAUAGAAAUGCUGCAUGUAGAUUGCUUCGAUUGGGCCAGGCGUCGCAACAACAAUGAUGACGAUCUACGCGUCGUCCAAGCCAUGAAUCUCCAUACGCUCCUUGUGGUCAAUAGAGCCCACGAUACGCAUACCUUCUUCCAUCACAUUCACGCCCCUCGACUUCGCCAUCUUGCCAUCGAUGAUUCUGCAAGGCAUUCGACCGCAGAAUCCCGGAGGCAGUUGUGGUUGGCUGUCGCGCACAUGCUCACGAGAUCUGGCCCGCGGCUCAAGCGUCUCCUGUACACUGGCAACGAGGAGCAACUAAUGGAUUUGGUAAAGCUGGAUGCUCUCCGUCACCUAGAAGAGCUGUCUGCAUACCGAACCGGAGCUACGUCGCGGAAGUUGCUGGACCUAUUGAUCAUAAGAUCCGGUCAAAACUACCUCCCACAUCUCAAGGACUUAUCGCUUGGUCCUACAUACGGCGAGAAGGAGGCGGCCUUGGACAAGAUGGUACUGUCACGGAAGGGUAUAUUACAGGUUUUACAGUUCUUGUGCUUGCUGCACCCAAUAGACUUGACAGUCCUGAAAGCAGCGAGUGCAAACUGGCUCGCUGUAUACUUCGGGGACACGCCGUAUGGAUGGGGCUCCAGAUCUGCAUCCUCCUAGUAGCCACAAAGUGCGCGUAGCACACAUGGAAGCUCGAUAGUAGCCUAAUUUGCGCACAUACCUUGCGUUGAGGGAACCGCUAGAAGCGACUCGCCAGCCCUCGAAGGGCGCUGACCAAUACGCUUAAUAAAGCGAAUAUUCUAGUUAUAUUGUACUUUAGCAUUGAUAGAGGAGAGUACAGCGGGAGCAAGCAACCCAACGCCCUGUUUACACGCACCUACAUACUCGACGUCUAACCACGUCCUGCGCGCAC